UCGACUCCCAGAUGUGUUUUCACACAUAUUACCCAAUAAGAUAAAGGUACGAACAGAUAACAGGCGGACAGAGUGGGUUUAAAAGGGUCUGGAUCUCACUGAGUUGACACCGAGGCUCUGACAGUAAUCACGAUGAAGGCUUUCAUUCUUCUGGCUCUGUUCGCCGUGGCGUACGCCGCUCCCAUUGACGAUGACGAUGACAAGAUUGUUGGAGGCUACGAGUGCAGAAAGAACUCUGUGCCCUACCAGGUCUCUCUGAACUCUGGCUACCACUUCUGUGGAGGCUCCCUCAUCUCCAGCACGUGGGUGGUGUCUGCUGCUCACUGCUACAAGUCCCGCGUCCAGGUGCGUCUUGGUGAGCACAACAUUGAGGUCAAUGAGGGCACGGAGCAGUUCAUCAACUCUGCUAAGGUCAUCCGUCACCCCCGCUACAACAGCGGCAACCUGGACAAUGACAUCAUGCUGAUCAAGCUGAGCAAGCCCGCCACCCUGAACAACUACGUCCGCACCGUGUCCCUGCCCUCCAGCUGUGCCACCUCUGGCACCCGCUGUCUGAUCUCUGGAUGGGGCAACACCAGCAGCUCUGGAAACUACUACCCUGAUCGCCUGAGGUGCCUGGAUGCCCCCAUCCUGAGCGACAGCAGCUGCAGGUCCGCCUACCCUGGACAGAUCACCUCCAACAUGUUCUGUGCUGGCUUCCUCGAGGGAGGCAAGGACUCCUGCCAGGGAGAUUCCGGUGGCCCCGUGGUGUGCAAUGGUCAGCUGCAGGGCGUGGUGUCCUGGGGUUAUGGCUGUGCCCAGAGGAACAAGCCUGGAGUCUACGCCAAGGUCUGCAACUACAACUCCUGGAUUCGCAGCACCAUGUCCUCCAACUAAAGUCACUUUACUGUCAUUUGUUGUUGGACAGACAGUUGUAUAUCCCUUUAAUAAAUAAAUAAAUAAAUCAGA